CAAAAUCCCUAAAAAAAUCAGAGGAAGAUGGGGGCUUUAUAAGCUUUUAUUCGUAGCAGCACAGAUCUUUGUGCGUAAUUCGGUGGGAGGCGCAGCUCCAGAAGUCCCAGCGUACUCGCCUGGGUGUCUGAACUGCCCCGGGGAGGGGAGGCGUUAUCCGGAUACGUGGUGGAACUUGAGGCGGUGCCACAGACUCACGCAGACCGGCCCUUUACUAGUUUUUCCAACAAUGGCCCCCUCCAAUCCUUCUCGUAUCUUCCUCUGGUUACUAACAGCGUUCUUCCUCUCGACCGUCAACUCUCAGUAUGAAAAAUACAGCUUCAGGAGUUUCCCCAGGCACGAGCUGAUGCCCCUGGAGUCCGCCUACAAGUACGCGCUGGACCAGUACACCGGGGAGAAGUGGAAGGAGACGGUGGAGUACAUGGAGGUGUCUCUGCGCCUCUACAGGCUGUUGCGGGACAGCGAGGCCUUCUGCAACCUGAACUGCAGCUCGGUCCGGCUGGACGACGAGCAGAAGUUCGACGAGUUUCCAGAGCUGCAUGCGUUUGGAAACGUGAUGAAAAGGGCGCAGUGCUUGAAGCGCUGCAAGCAAGGGCUGCCCGCCUUCAGACAGACCAUGCCAAGCCGGGACACCAUCGAUGAGUUUGAUCGCAGGGAGCCGUACAAAUACCUCCAGUACGCCUACUUCAAAUCUAAUAAUCUGGCCAAGGCCGUGUCUGCCGCUCACACCUUCCUGCUGAAACACCCCAAUGAUGAGAUGAUGCAGAAGAAUAUGGCUUACUACAGGAGCCUGCCUGGAGCAGAGGAGCACAUCAAAGACCUGGAGACCAAAUCAUAUGAGACAUUGUUUGUGCGUGCAGUGAGGGCCUAUAAUGGAGACAACUUCCCGACCUCCGUGUCUGACAUGGAGCUAGCUCUGAGAGACUUCUUCAAGGUCUAUGACGAGUGUCUGGCUGCGUCUGAGGGUCCAAGGGACGUCAAGGACUUCAAAGACUUCUACCCCUCCAUAGCUGACCACUACACAGAAGUCCUGGAGAGGAAAGUGACCUGUGAAAGUGACUUGACGCCUGUUGUGGGGGGUUUUGUCGUUGAGAAGUUUGUGGCCACCAUGUACCACUACCUGCAGUUUGCCUAUUACAAAUUGAACGACCUGAAGAACGCAGUGCCAUGUGCAGCCAGCUACAUUCUGUUUGACCCCGGCGAUGAAGUGAUGAAGAACAACAUGGAGUAUUACAAAUACCACAAAGAGCAGUGGGGGCUAACGGGGGAGGACUUCCUCCCCAGAUCAGAGGCAGUGCGGUACUACAAUCAGACCAGCAUGCAGCUGCAGAUGCUGGCCUUCUCCAGGCAGCACCUGGCCAGCGAUGACGAGGGGGAAGUGGUGGAGUUUAUAGAUGAGUUCCUGGAUGAGACUGAAUAACCUACAAUGGACAUCACUGUUGAACUACAAAAAAAAAAAAAAGAAUCAAAAUAUUGUAUUUAUUGUGGUUUUGGGCCACAGAGAGAAAUCCAAAAUGCAGUUUUUGAAUUUUAUACUUUGUUUUUUACAUCGAUUUGUGCUCCAAAUGACCAGUCCAGGGUGUAGCUCUGCUUUGCCAAACAAUAGCUGGGACAGGCUCCAGCAACCUCGUGACCCUGACCGGGAUUAGAAGAUUAAUGGAUGGAUGGCUGUGCUCCAAAUGUCCAGUUCAGUGGUUUGCACUGACAUGAUAAACAGCUCACUGAUUUAAAGACACUGAAAUAAAGAGCUGGGCCUAACUUUUUUCCUCCACUGUGAAAUACAUUUUCAGAGGUUUUUCACAAUAAAACUGUUUUAGAAGCA